AUGGCUGCAUCAGGUGUCAUCUUUUUGUUCAUGGUCUGUCUCUCCGUCAUACCCCCGACCACCCCAUCCUGCACAGUGGGCUCCCCUGAUAAGUGCAAAGAGGCCGACUUUGCUCCGGGCUCCAACCUGGGCGGCGAGGGCUUCGACAUCACCAGGAUGCAGCGCAAGGGGGCCUUUGUGAUCGACAUGAACCUGUGGAGACGCGAGAACAACACCUGCCUGCUGUGCAAGAACCCGUACCAAGAGGGGAAGAUGCAGAAGGUCCCACUGUCAGUGGUGGACUGGAGACCCAGUAAAAGAUGUAGCAUGGAGGUUACAAGCACGCUGUAUCAAUCCAGCGAGAGUCUGGUCAGCUCCAGCACAUCUUCAGUGCAGAACAAUUGGAAAACGGGUUUGGGUUUGGGAUCAGUGGGAUCGGUGAUGCUUGCUGGGACCAAUUCUAAGUUGUCUGCAUAUUCAAUGGGGAAAACAAAGAAGGACAAGUAUACCUUCUCCCAGCAAAGAAUGUCCUGUAAUUUGUACAGAUACAGGGUUUCCAACCAAGCCAAUCUCCACCCAGAGUUCCUGCGUGCAAUCAGCCGGCUUCCCAAGACAUACACACCUGAGAACAAGCACCGCUUCUACAAGCUCAUCAACAACUUCGGCACCCACUACAUGACUAAAGUGACCCUGGGUGGGAUGGUGCACUCAGUGACCAGUAUCAGGCAGUGCAUGGCUUCCCUACAAGGCCUGUCCUCAGACGAGGUGAAGACGUGUCUAGAACUGGAGGCUUCCGCCACCGUUGGAAGCAGAACAAGCACAGCGGAGAUGAAUCACUGUCGGGAGGCAGAGAACAAGAUUGAGGACAAGAGCCGUUUCUCUGGCAGCUUCAACGACAGGUUCACAGAGGUUGUAGGCGGCGACACGACUGAAGCUGACCUCCUCUUCUCUUCGAACAAAAACCCAGAUGCGUUUAAAGAGUGGCUGAACACUCUUCCCUCCAACCCAGAAGUGAUCUCUUAUUCUCUGGAUCCUCUGCACGAGCUUCUUCAACCUAAACAUCCUGUGAGGAAAGAACUACGCAAAGCAAUUGGACAUUACAUCUUAGAGAGUGGACUCUGGCAAAACUGUUCAGAGCCCUGCAAGGCUGGACUCAAACGCAAUGCCCAACAGCCCUGUGUCUGCAGUUGCCACGGCGUUUCUGGUAUAGGUAGUGACUGCUGUCCCACCAGACGUGGCCUUGCUCGAGUCGUCAUCACAGCAGUGAAGGCAACAGGACUGUGGGGUGAUAGUACCACAGCAACAGAUGCCUAUGUGAAGGUGUUCAACUCCCAGAACAUGCAAAUCGGACGCAGCAAUGUGAUUUGGAACAAGAACUACCCUCGGUGGAACAUGGUCCUAGACCUUGGUGAAGUCAUUUUGUCUAAGACCAGCACGGUGAAGUUUGAGGUGUGGGAUGAAGACAGCAAGUAUGACGAUGACCUGCUGGGAACUUGCACUACUGACGUCAAGGAAGGGACCAAGGAGGAUGCAUGUGCCCUGAACCACGGAAUGUUCUACUACAAACUCCAGGUGACCUGUGGCCCCAGCUUGAGCGGUCCGUCCUGCUCUGAGUAUGUGAGCUCUCCCAUGAACGCUCAGCUGGAGAAACUGUACGUGUCCCGCCAUGCUCGACCCAUACCGAAGGAAAUGCUCCUCAAAAUGGGAAUGUUUGGGAGUGGGGUUUCCCAUGCUUGUGUGUGCACCAUGGAACUGAAAAAGAUCAACACACUGAAGCUCCCUUGA